AUGAUAAGCCACGCACCUGCCGCGGUCACCACCAUCCGCGGCUUUCAGACUACACCUGCUACAUCGGGCGAUGAAGAUUCCGAUCAUGGACACAGCGAGAUCCCGACCUCUCGACGCAAGAACCCCGGACGAGCCCUCAUCAAGGAUGUUGUAAGCGCCAACUGCAGCCCUACCAUCCGCGCAACAUCCUCCCCUGCAGUAUCAGGCAUCGCCAAGCUGCGCAUGCAGAUGGAGCCUCUGAGCCUCGACGGAGGAUCUCCCUGCCACUCUAUGAGUCGUUCCGGAAGUCAACAAGGACUCGCGCUCGACUUUCGAAAGCAAAUGAUCAGCCGCACCCACAGCCGAGAGGAUGUUCGCAGCGAAGCUGGUAGCGAGAUUUCAGACAGCUCUAUUAGUUACGAAGUUAAUCUCGAGCAUGAUUUUGCCGACGAAAGUGUUCGAGAGCGUAGUGGACUUCUCGAAACCAUAGAGGGCGGCCUUGCGCCGAAUCGUAAGAUGACGUCGGAGGACUUUGAACAGCUGCGAUGCCUUGGCAAGGGUACCUAUGGUACCGUACUUCUCGUUAAGCAGCGUGGGACUGGAAGACUCUACGCCCAGAAACAGUUCAAGAAGGCCUCUCUAGUUGUCCACAAAAAGCUUGUUGAGCAGACAAAGACCGAGCGUCAAAUUCUCGAAUCUGUCAACAAACACCCGUUCGUUGUGAAGUUGUUCUAUGCCUUCCAGGAUCAAGAGCAGCUGUACCUCAUCCUUGAGUACGGGCAGGGUGGUGAGCUCUUCACCCAUCUCAACACUGAGAAGAUGUUCUCGGAGGAUGUGGCCGCAUUUUACAUGGCAGAAAUGCUCCUGGCCAUCUCACACCUGCACAACGAUCUCGGUGUGGUCUACCGCGAUCUCAAGCCAGAGAACUGCCUGUUGGACGCCGAGGGCCAUCUCCUUUUGACCGACUUCGGCCUUUCCAAGGUUUCGAUCGAAGAGUCAGAGGGCUGUAACUCGAUGCUGGGAACCGUCGAGUACAUGGCUCCCGAGGUUGUGCUUGGAAAGAAGUAUGGGAAAGCAGUUGACUGGUGGUCCUUUGGAGCACUUGGAUACGAUCUCAUGACUGGAAACCCACCUUUCCGUGGUCAAAACCACGCCAAGAUCCAGGAGAAUAUCGUCAAGCAGAAGCUGGUGCUUCCUUACUUCUUGAGUGCCGAUGCUAAAGAUCUGCUUACUCGACUCCUCCGGAAAGAACCCAGCAAGCGUCUCGGGGCGGUGAUGCCCAAGGAUCUGGUGACAAUGAAGAAGCACCGGUUCUUCCGCAAGAUUGACUGGAAGAAGCUUGCGGAGCGUGAGCUCGAGCCACCAAUUCAGCCCAUGAUCACGGACCCUGAGCUAGCCGAGAACUUCGCCCCGGAGUUCACUGAGCUAUCCAUCAGCCCGAUGCUGCCAAACAAGGAUGCGUGGCCCCGAAGCCUUCCUAAGGACGAGCUCUUUGGCGGGUUCAGCUUCGUUGCAUCUUCAAGCCUGUUGAAUAACGAUCGGUUUGCGGCAUUUGCGCAGACAUGA